UGAUGAUGGCGGCGUUGAGAAGACCAUCGUCUGCUCUCACCGCUGCUCUUAUAAAGUUUAGCCGCCUUCAUAUUACUCCUAGACAGAUAAAUCCAUCGUUAUUAACACCUACAACAACAAACAACUAUUUUAAGACUCUUCAACGUAGAGCCUUCAUCCACACCACUGGUCGUGUUGGGGCCUUAUCAGAGUUCUUUGAUGGUGAGAACAACUGGGGGGAGGCUGAAGUGAAGGUUGGUCGGGCUUGGAGGUUGGAUGAACUCAGAAUUAAGAGUAACGAAGAUCUUCACAAGUUAUGGUAUGUAUUGCUGAAGGAGAAAAACAUGUUGUUGACAAUGGAACACGCUGCAAAGGAAGAACAUCAGUUGUUCCCCAACCCAGAAAGAAUUGAUAAGGUAGAGGAAAGCAUGACAAACUUGGAGGAAGUUGUGAAAGAAAGAAAUCGUGCAUAUUGGCUGUUAGAGACAGGAGAGACGGGGGAGCGGCCCAGUGGCAUGGUUGUAGAUCCUUUAGGCCGUCGUUUACGUAGAAAGUUUGUUGAACACCAUAUUCCUGUAUGGAUGCACCACCAGUCAAAGGAAAAUAUCCAUAGAGGGUUUGCUGUGAAGAAGUUCCAAAGGCUGAUGAGGGAGAAGUCCUUUUUGGAAAAGAGAAAAUAUUACAGACGCGUUCGCAACCACGUUUGUAUGCUGAUGAGACGCUUCCCAAAUAUGGACCUGGAGAAGGUUCAGCAGCAGUACCCUGAAGUGGAUGUACAGGCACUGCGUAAACGGAAAAUUGCCCGGGGACACCACAGUGAAAACCAGGGUUGAGGAACAUCUCUGUUUAAUGUGUUCUAAUAAUUUUCCUGUCGGUCAAGGCUGAGAACGUUAACCUGACUAAUUUUUUUUAAUUUAAAUUUUUUUUUAGAUUAUUAAAAUUUGUUACUGUGGUGAAAAAUAGCUUGGCCUCUGUUCAUGAAAUCACUGUAGAUAAAGUAGCGGUGUUAUUCUGUUUGGUUCUCUUAUCUGUACUGCAGCCUAUUAGAUAACUUCCAACACACUGUAUUUGCUAAACAAUACUUCUAGUACAGUACAGUUUGUUUCUUUUCACUUGCUCUGUUUUCUCACUUUGCACAUUUUAUACAGUUAUAUUUUGUAUUGUAGAAUAAUUUACACUCCAGUAACAUUUUGUAAAUAUUUAAUUUUUGAAAUAAAUCACUGUUAAAAUGU